UACUGCUGUGUUAGGAAUACUGAAAACUUCAUGGAGUGCUGUUGCAAACUGGUCAUGCUAAAUGGAAUUUUGCUCAUCGUAAACUGAAUUGUAUUAUUAGUGUAAUACCUCUUUAUUAAACCGUACUAAAAUUUCUUCUAACGCCUGUUGCCCUUACCUGGUGUCAUCAAAACAUGCAUCACAAUGUGCUUUGCGUAACGUCUGACCAGGAGUAUCAUUAUGUUCAUGACACCCUAGAAGAGGUUUGCCAGCAGAUCCUACAACAGUGGACCGAGUGCUGCAGCAGAAAUUCAGCAAAGAGAAAUGAGGCAGAUGAUGAGGUUCAGGCCAUUGCCAGUCUAAUAGAGAAGCAGGCGCAGAUUGUGGUCAAACAGAAGGAGGUGUCAGAGGAGGCCAAAAAGAGGAAAGAGGCUCUGCUGGCCCAAUAUGCUAAUAUCACAGAUGAAGAGGAUGAAGAAGAGGAGGAAGAGCAAACGGCAGUGGUGAUACCCAGUGACAAAUCCCUGUUCAAAAACACCAACGUUGAAGAUGUUUUGAACCGGCGCAAACAGCAACGCGAUAACGCUAGAGAGGAUGCACAGAAGAAGAAAGAACAAGACAAGAUGCAACGCGAGAAAGACAAACUGGCCAAGCAGGAGCGAAAGGACAAAGAGAAGAAACGUACACAGAAGGGAGAGCGUAAGAGAUAGAGAUGCAUGUAGGACACUAUGGAUUAUAUAAGGUCAUUUACAAAAAUGAGAGAAUGGGAAAAAUACAAUGAAACCUCAGCAAACAAUGUCCAGACUAACAAUAUCAAUUCUGUUUUUUGUCUGAUGUUGUCUAUUAAAUGAUAAUGUAUGGCCUAAUGAAGCAGUUUCCAGGCUUAAAUCAACUACACACCAGCAAAUGAGUGAAAUUCUUAUCAUGACCCAUAUAUUACAGGUGCUGAAUGCUAUGCUACUUUUUUUAAAGUGUAUCUCUUCCAUAAAACUUGUCAAGACUAUUUUUCACUCCAUAAGCAAAAAUAUUUGUGACUUCAUUAUCUUGCAGAAUUAUAAUGGUGAUAAUGCAAAAUAUUUUCUUUUGAGUUUGGGGUGAAAUGUGACCUGGAAAUUUUUCUUUUUUUUAACAUUUAUCAGCAGGUAACCAACACGCUUGGGUCAAAAAACACGUUCAUGUUUAUCCUUGACAACUGUUUUUAUUUCUCCACAGGCUUGUUAUCAUUCGCAUUUCAGUGAUCUUGUUUUAUAUACAGUAACUCAAGACGUGAUAAAUCUAUUUAUUCAUAUUGCAAGUUGUUUUUUCAAGACGACCUGAAACCAUAGGUAGCCACCUUGUCAUGUAGCAAUAUAUGAAGAGGGGUUGCAGUCAACCCAAAGACAGAGAAACAGUUUUUUGGAGGGGCUGAACUAUUAACACGUCUGUGUACUGAUAAAGUCACACAAACAGAUAUUGGUGGAAGUCUGUCUCUUUAUUUUUUGUCGUUUUUUUAUUGUAUGUUUGCAGUGUAUAACAUUGAAUCCAUGUGAUGUUAUUUCAGGCAAGUGAGAAAGGUGUAUGUGUGUGUAUCAGACAAAUGAAAACCAUUUAUUUGAAGCUGCUACAUACAGUAUUGUGCCAAUACCUUUCAUAUUGCCUUGUAUACUGUCAGACUCCCUCAUAGGCAAAUACAUAUCGUUAAUUGCUAGUCUUUUAACUAUUAAACACUGAUUAUUUGAACCCUUUUAUUAGAGCUACAGUUUUUUUGUACACUAAAUUAUUACAAUAAACAGAGAGUUGUGUGAAUGAACAUUUGUUUUCACUUUUGGCUGAUGUGAUCAUUUAACCACCACUUAAACUUAUGGUGUAAUGGUGUUGUACUGUAACUGUAGAUUGUACACCACAGCCAAAUCCUUAAACAUUUUGAAUGUGUAAACAAUACAAAUAUCAUUGAUUAUCUGUUUUGCCUUGCAGAAACUAUGUAGUGGUUACCAUAAAGUCAUACCAAUUGCUUUGCAUUGAAUAUAUUUGAUUUGGGAAUCUUUAAUGUAUGCAAUAAAAGCGUUAGAUUGA